GACCCUUUCAAGGCCUCUUGUCUCUCUAACUCACAACUUAUACCAACAAUCACACUUUUAACAAUUUUUUUGAUCUUCCAACUUGAAUAGCAAAGAAGAGCCCAUGGCGGGUUUGAAUCAAGAUCGUGGUGGCGUAGAUUCAUCGAAAGAGAUUAUGAAGAUUCACGAAGAACCCAAAUUAGGAGGGCUUAGAGACGAUGUACCUCAGUUUCUAAAGAAAACAUUUGAAAUGGUGGAUGACCCAACAACAAAUUUAAUCAUAUCAUGGAGUGAAACUAAAACAAGUUUCAUUAUUCGGGAUCCUAAAAAGUUCACUCAGCUUUUGCCACAAAGAUUCAAGCACGAUAAUUUCUCUAGCUUCGUUCGUCAACUCAACGCUUAUAGGUUCAAGAAAAUCAAUCCGGAUCAAUGGGAAUUCGCAAAUGAGUUCUUCCUGAAGGAAAACAAGGACUUGUUGAGAAAGAUCAAGAGGAGAACAAGAAACCAGGCACAAAACAUGCAAGAACAUAAGGAAACCGAACAACAAGAAGCUUGUGUUCAUCAAACUAGCCCCUCAAUCGAAUUAGAACUCGAUGUUUUGAAAAAAGAUAACGUUGCACUUAAGCAGGAGAUCUUGGACAUGAAACUACAACAAGAGAUGUUCAAAAAACAGUUGGAGAUUAUUCAAGAACGUAUGCUACGAAUGGAAGUCAAGCAACAAAAGUUGUUGGCAUUCAUGUCGAAAACAUACACGCUUCCGGUUUUUGCUAAACUUUUGCAGCGGCUUAAGCAAAAACCAAAAACGGGUAGUGUUGAAAUGUGCAAAAAACGAAAAUCUGAGCAAAUGCAAAGCUCGAUAAACGCUGACGAACUCAAACGUUCUCAACAAGUGUUGAAUUUGUUGGAACUUGACGCGGGGACUGUGUUUUCGUCAAAUGAAUCUGUAAACUUGCUUGAAGAUCAAAGGAACAUUCUAGAUUACAGUUCAGAAAGCGUUAUCUUGCUAGAGAAAUUGCUGGAGAAUGAACCGAUGAUACACGAUGGUGAACAAUCGCGAAAAGAUCAAACAAAAACUUAUCUCCAAGAAUGGAAAGAACUGAUUCCAAGGUUCAAGGAGCUUAUGAUCCAUUCAUAUGAUCACUGCUAGUUUCUAACUUUCUAUAAAAUUUAGGGUCUUAAUAAACUAAUAAACUUAUGGUUACUUUAUUUUUCUUUGUUUUUAAUUACUUAGUUGCAUGGAAGUUAUUUAUGUAUUGUUACAAUGAAAAAAGAACCUUGUAUUAGGGCACUUUUAGGGUUUAUUUUAAUUUAUGGUUGUUUUUGUAUGGUUA